UGGAACAUUCUCUAAUGGCUUCUUCCUCGUCCAUUUCUUCGUCAGUACCAGUCCAGGAAACUGAAGUACAAGUAGAGAAUCAACAAGAUCAUCAGCAACAACAGAACAGAAAUGUUCGAAUAAGUUUUACGAUGAUAAGUGAUUGGUCUUCGUUGGACAUUAUGGAUGAUGUUUGGUCAUGCAUAAUCAUUCUCCUUAUUUGUUGGUUCUUAGCAGCAGUAUCUGUAAUGGUGGUUGUGGGAUUCUACGCGGCAAGGGAUUUGCCAAUUAGCCCGAAUUUCUCACGUUUAUUAACGGCGAAUCCAUUGUUUGUCAGUGAAAUCGAGGUAUAUGAAGUGACUGGUUCAAAGCAAAGUCCAGUUCUAUAUGGAUUUUACAAUCCUCCUCCACUUGAUGUAGAGACAAAUUGGUCUGAAAGUUACUACACCUGUACCGGCUUAUUCACAUAAGGAAUGGAUAUAUUAUCUGAACCCAGGAUCUGAGGUGGAUAUUAUGUAUACUGCAAAAUCUCAGAACUCUUCUCCACUGUUCAUUGUGAUUGCCGAAGGUGAGAAAGACCUUCUGGAAUGGAUUGAGGACCCAUCAUAUCCUAACACCACAUUAUCGUGGAGUAUCGUUCAAGGAAGUGGUAGGAUUCAGCAGAAAGUUUACGAAUCUUCCUAUUACUAUGUUGCAGUGGCUAACAUUAAUCCAGAGCCAGCCGAGGUGCGGUUGAACAUCAGUAUACAGGCUUUCUUGUAUAAUACAUCCAAGGCAUAUUACAAGUGUUCCCUGAAUGAAAGUUUAUGUGGUUUGAAGCUUUUUCCCUUUAAACAAAAUGUGGCUGUUCUAUCUUCUCCUGGUCGACAACAGGGUACUGCGCCAGAAGAUUGGUUUGUCAAAGUGUCAUAUGAGCCACGAUGGAUUACAUAUUUUCUUGGUUCAGGUGCAAUGACAUUGAUCUUCUUUCUCAUAUACAAGGUAUGUGCAAAGUUCCUAAACAGCAGCCAAAAUGGUUCUGAUAAUGAGAGAACCCCAUUGCUGGGACAAAAAGAUGAUGAUGUAUUGAGUUUGGGUUCUUCCUAUGAUUCUGUAUCUCAUGACGAGGAAUUUGAAGACCCCCUCUCAUUGGGUUCCACUGAAGGAAAACAACUAAAAGAAGGAGAGACUGAAAAUUCUCAUCAUCUCUGUCUGGUUUGCUCUGAUACUGCAAGGGACAGUUUUUUCCUUCCAUGUGGACACUGUGCUACAUGCUAUACAUGUGGAACAAGGAUUAUAGAGGAGGCAGGAGUUUGUCCUGUAUGUUGCAGAAAAAUGAAGAAAUUGAGGAGGAUAAUUGCAGUUUGAGCAGUACAGGUUCCUGGGGAGAUGCUUGUCAUUGCCAAUCAGACUUGCCUGGAAGAAAACGCAUAUCCCAUUUGUGGAUUAGGAUAUCUCUAUAUCAUGCUAACUACUUACUUACAUUAACGAAUUCGUCUAUGAUGAUACAUCAUAUUAUAUUCUUGCCAAAGCUGUGGGUUUCUUCUAAGCUAAUGACAAAGCCUUGCAUAGUACUGCUGAAAAUUAUGGCUCAGCAACUAAUAAUAGUAUGGUGUCUAUGAUUGUAACUCACAUAGUCCCAAUAAGUGUAUGUAUGUAUAUGCCUAGUGCUUGUCUAUGCUAAGCCAUGGUAAGCACAUUGGUAACAGUAAAUUAUUUAUUGUGUUGUUUCAAAGACAGUAAAUUGUAUUUACAGAUCUGGGAUAAUAUGGGCUCCCUUCCCUCUAUCAGAAAUCUGCAACACCAUGGCUCCACCAGACACAUUAUUGAAAGCACAGUGUAGCAUUCAGAAUUGUCAAUGGACCAGCAAUUUAAAGAGUUUGGCAGUUCACUAGUCUUUUUUUGUUGAUAACAGUAAUGCACAUAGUACAAAGAGAGUGUAUACAGAAGAGGACAUGAUGACAAAUGACAAAUGACCAAUUCUUCUUACCUUAAGAAAAGGGCAAUAAAUUUUCCACAUUUUGUGGGGAUACAACAGGAGACUGACUGAACUUUAGAGAGAGAAAACUCAAGGACCUGCAAGAAGAAAGAAACA